AUGUCCAACUUUGAUUCCCAUUUUUCUUUACAGCUUCCUCAACCAUACUCAUAUAUAGGAGGAGUCAUUUUCUCUCGAACAGUAAUUAUAGCUUUGUUAAAUAGUUCCGGUGUCGAGGGUAGAAUUCGUCGGUAUAAAUGGGAAGUGAAGAACGAAUACAAGGCCCCUGAUUGCUUCAGGAAACUGGUUUUAACCAUCAAUGGUCAAACUCCAGGUCCUACGAUCAGGGUCCGGCAAAAUGACACAGUCAUUGUUCAAGUCACCAACAAUUUGUUUACGGAGAAUCUCGCUAUUCACUGGCAUGGAAUUCGACAGAUUGGAACGCCUUGGUUUGAUGGGACUGAAGGAGUAACACAGUGUCCAGUUUUGCCUGGAACCACUUUCACUUAUCAGUUUGUCGUUGACAGACCCGGAACAUACUUGUAUCAUGCACAUUAUGGGAUGCAAAGAGAAGCUGGGUUAUAUGGAUCGAUCAUUGUGGGACUUCCUGAAGGAGAAGCUGAACCUUUUACGUAUGACUAUGAUAGGAACAUCAUCCUCAAUGAUUGGUACCAUAACACCACAACUGACCAAGCUGUCGGCUUGGCUUCGGUUCCGUUCCAAUGGAUCGGAGAGCCUCAGUCACUUUUGAUCCAUGGGAGAGGAAGGUUCAACUGUUCUGGUUUACCUGUUCCAAGUUCAGACCCUGGCCUGUGCAAUGCCUCGUAUUCAGACUGCUCCCCUUAUAGAAUAAUAGUGGUGCCUGGAAAAACAUAUCGAUUGAGAAUCUCCAGUUUGACUUCUUUGUCAGCUCUCAGCUUCCAAAUUGAGGGCCAUAAUUUGACAGUUGUUGAAGCCGAUGGGCAUUUGGUGGAGCCAUUUGUUGUACAAAACUUGUUCAUAUACUCGGGGGAAACAUACUCAGUACUAGUAACAGCCGAUCAAGAUCCCACCAGAAAUUAUUGGAUUACAUCGAACAUUGUAAGUCGACUGGCACCCAACACUCCUCCGGGUCUGGGCGUUUUCGUUUACUAUCCAAAUCAUCUAAGGAGAUCUCCUCCAACAAUCCCUCCGGCAGCCCCUAUGUGGAACAACAGCCGCCCUCGGAUGGAGCAGAGUCAGGCCAUCAAAGCGCGCCAAGGCUAUAUCAUCACCCCUCCCGCAGUCUCCGACAGGGUCAUAGUUUUGCUCAACACACAAAACGAGAUUAACGGAAGAAGACGGUGGUCGGUGAACAAUGUCUCUAUCACGCAUCCCAAAACACCGUACUUGAUUGCACUCAAGGAAAAUCUAACCGACGCUUUCGAUCAAAACCCUCCCCCUAAUGGAUACGACGACGCCAACUAUAAUAUCUUCAUCGUGCAACCGAAUAAAAACGGUACGUCGAGCAAUGGAAUUUACAGGCUGGAUUUCAACACGACAGUGGAUCUUAUACUUCAGAAUGCAAACACUAUGAAUCGGAACAACAGCGAGACGCAUCCAUGGCAUCUGCAUGGGCAUGAUUUCUGGGUUUUGGGGUACGGGGAAGGGAAGUUUGAUAAGUUCAAUGAUCCGGGGAAGUACAAUUUGGUGAAUCCGAUAAUGAAGAACACGGUGCCGGUACAUCCUUACGGAUGGACGGCUUUGAGGUUUAGAGCAGAUAAUCCGGGGGCGUGGGCGUUCCAUUGCCACAUAGAAUCCCAUUUCUUCAUGGGAAUGGGUGUGGUGUUUGCGGAAGGGAUUGAGAAGGUGGGGAAGUUGCCGGCUUCCAUUAUGGGGUGUGGUCAAACUCAAGGUCUUUACAGGCCUUAACGUGGCGCCAUAAUCAUUCAAACUUUGA